AUGAACACACAAUACACGGUCCACCCGUGGCUCCAUCAAUACGUGAACAACGUGACAUGCGAGCAUCAGCUGCAAGCGGUCACGUUCCCCGACGUGAGGCCCGGCGCCGAGCGACCGAACCACCACUUCUCCAUGACCGCCGGGGACUUCCUCAAGGUAUAUACAGAAGCCGAGCAAUGGAACUGCGUAGCGUCGUGUUUCUUCAUAGACUGCGCUCCCAACGUGAUAGAGUUUAUAGAGCGGAUAUACUCGAUUCUAGAGCCAGGCGGCUAUUGGAUCAACCUUGGACCUCUACUGUACCAUUACAGUGACAUGCCAUCGGAAAACAGCAUAGAGCCACCAUAUGACAUUUUACUCGAGAUUAUUAGAGACAUUGGUUUCGAUAUUCUGAAAGAGCAAACGGGCGUGAAGACGAAAUACGCCCAAAAUCCCAACUCUAUGAUGCAGCACGAAUACGACUCAGUCUUCUUCGUGUGCAGGAAGCCUUACUGUAUGUAAACACACACACACACAACUACAAAGAAUAUACGGAAAACUUAUAAAAUAUGUACAUACUAAAAACGGUCAACGAAAUCUUGGCACUUAAAUAACCUAACCUAAAAAAAAACCGACAUAGUGAAUCGAUAUUCAUGAGACAUGGCUAAGCACACUCCCGACUAAUUCAGCUUUUAAACAAAAAAAAAACUAAAUCUAAAUCGGUUCAUCCGUUCGGGAGCU